AUGAACGGCCUUUGGAGUACUUUCCCUUUUGCUAGGUACUUCUUGCGACUUUCAAGUGGUAGAAGCCAUGCUUUCGAAAACCGCCCGCAUCACUCGAAUUGCUUUGGACGGAUAGAAAAUACGGACAAGAGACGAAAAACGCAUCUCGUAAAGACGCUGAUUGGCAUCGGCUCGGCAACCGCAACAGCCGAAAAUGGCAUUGGCGUCAUAGAAAUUUGGAAUACUAUGGGGGCAUAUGAAGUGAUCAAUGUCCCGGGCUCUGACAUGCCAGUCAAAAAGCAUCCCUCUACCGGUACCUCAACUAGUUAUGUUAGUCUCGCCCUGGGAUCCCUCGACGCAGAUGUUUUGAUCAAGAAGCACUUUGGCAACGAUUUCGCCUGGUUCCAAGAUCGCAUCCCGCUGUUCGAGUCCAGCUCUUCCAUCAUCGACGACGUCUACUAUUACCGAUGGAACCUCUUCCGCGCGCAUCAGCGUGAUCUCGGCCCAAAGGGUUUCAUCUCGACCGAGUUCCUCGACAACGUCGGCUGGCAGACCAACCCAUGGGCUUCCCUGAACGAUGCGACGGGAUUUCACCUGAGAGAGGGCCGCUGGUGUCGGGAUCUCCGCUUCAAGCGCGAAUAUGCCAACUUCAUCCUCAGCUCGGACAGCAACAAACAUCAGUUCUCCGAGGUCAUGGCCGACUCGGUCUGGCAGUCAUACCUCGUGGAUGGUAUUGCGGACGAUGCCACUCCCCUCUUGGACGAGAUGCAAGCCGUUUACGCUGCGUGGAAUGGGAGUUUCACCUUUGGAAGGUUUGACACCGCGAAGGGUCUCUACUGGAUCCAGCCCCUGACCGACGCCACGGAGUAUACCAUCGCGAGCAUUGACGCGUCCGGGGGCAAGGACGGCUUCCGCGGCGGCGAGGCAUUCCGUCCCACGAUCAACUCAUACCAGUACGCGAACGCCCUGGCGAUCGCCAACAUUGCAGAACUGCAAGGCGACGCAGCCCUCGCCAGCGCGUUCCGUUCCCGGGCUACGGCUCUCAAGGCAGGCGUCCAGGAAUCUCUGUGGAGCUCGACCCUGGAGCACUUCAUCGACCGCUACCAUGUCAGCAACGACCAUGUCAAGUACUGGGACCCGAUCCGUGGCCGUGAGCUCGCGGGAUAUGUUCCCUGGCUCCACAACCUCCCGGAUGACGAGGCACAGUACGGCAAGAGCUGGAGCCAUCUCACGAACACCUCGGGCUUCCAAGGCGAGAAGGGACUCCGCACCAACGAGCCCAGCUACGAAUUCUACAUGCGACAGUAUCGCUACGAAGGCACGCACCCCGAGUGUCAAUGGAACGGCCCGGCCUGGCCCUACCAGACCGCACAGGUGCUUGGUGCGCUCAGCAACCUCCUGGAUCACUACCCAUCUUCCAGCGGCGCCGUCUCGAGGGCCGACUACGUCCGGAUCCUGACACAGUAUGCCCAGCUGCACUACAACCCGAACCGUGACAACAUUCUCGACAUCGAAGAGGACUACUACCCCGACACGGGCUCUCCGAUCGUGGGCCUCGCUCGCUCGCCGCACUACUUCCACUCCAGCUUUGUCGACCUGAUCCUCUCCGGCCUGGUAGGCAUCCGUCCCCGCGCCGACGACACGCUCGAAGUCCACCCCACCAUCGACGACACCAUCAAGUACUUCCGGGCCGAGCGCAUCCUGUACCACGGACACGACGUCGCCGUCCAGUGGGAUGCCGACGGGAGCCAGUACGGACGCCAGGGCCUGAUCGUCGAAGUCGACGGACAGGUGCGCGCCUCUUCCGCAAAAGCAGACCGCCUCAUCGUCAAAGACGUCGCCCGCCAAGCCCCUCCCCCCGAGUUCAAAAGCCCGAUCCCCGUCUCGGUCCAGCUGCAAGCCUCCACGCCGUGGCCCCGCGUCAACGUGUCAGAGGCCGAACAAGACGCUGCGAAGGUGCACUCCGCCAUCGACGGUCGCGUCUGGUUCUUCCCGGAGAAGCCUCACGGCUGGGACACCCCCGCGGGCGCGGGUGAGGAGAUGUGGCUCCAGAUCGAGUUCGAGGCCGCCACCCGCACGUCGCGGGCCGAAAUUGCAUUCUAUCAGGAUUCCGCUGCGGCAGCGGGCUUCGACGUGCCGGAAAGCUACCGGGUACAGGCUCAUUCCGGUGAGAAAUGGGUGGACGUGAGCGGUGCGAAGUACAGCGAUGCUGUUGCGAAUGGAAUCACAGAUGCCCUGUGGGCGGAGGCGGAGACGAAGAUGAUCAGGUUGGUAUUCACGCCAAAGCCGGGACAGAAAGUCAGGUUGGUUGAGUUCAAGGUCUUUUCGUAG